GAUAUUCUUAUGUUUUGGCAGCAUAACAGAUAUAACACUGUAAAUAUGGCUGACGCUGCAGUACAUUUAAUUUUAUAAGGAAUAAAAUAGUUUUGGUUUUUAGAGAAAGGAAUGUGGAGUUACUUUUCGUUUAUGCUUCUGAAUGGGCACAUGCUAUUCCAAGAAGGCCAGUGGAGGGAAUAAUCCAUACAUGACAUCACAGAUGGCAGCUACAAAAUUGGAUGAGGCUUCGAGAUUGGCUCGUCCAACGCCUUAUACCAGAAGUGGAAAUGCAAACAUUGAGUUUGCAGCCAAGAAAAAUGUUCCACUUCCCACAAAAUUUAAUACAUUAUCAACUGUUGAGCAGGGAGAUAUUAAAAAUUUAAAGCACUACCAGUCAAGUAUACCUCGCUUUAGCUCUAGUCUACCCACAGCUACAGGAGAACAAAGAAUCGGUUCUCCUUUAAAUGAAAAUGAGACCUUACAUGUAGUAAAUAAUAAUGCUAUUGUUAACUCUCGCUCUGCUUUUAAUGUAUCAAGUACGUCACCUUCAUCUUCUAACAAAUACCUUAAUAAAUCUGAAUCAUUAAUCAAACCAAAAAAAACUAGCAAAAGUUGUCCUGAAAAAAUUCUGAGCCCAGAUAAUGAACGAAUUGUACGAACACCUGCCAGAGGAUCCGGUAUUUCUCCUCGUCAAAACCGCAAUAAAUCUCCCGGACCUCAGCAGGCCGAAAUUAAAGUUUUUUCGAAAUCUCAACAAUCUAAAACAGUAAGUGGUAGAAAUUCUGGUGGUCCUAGUCCUGUCUCAAAAUCCCCAUCAAGAAAGGGAUUCGAAAGUCGUGAUAGCUUGUCAGAUUUUGAUUCUGGAAUUGGAAAUAGCUUAACGGAUAAGAACAGACCCGAAGACUCGGACACUGUUAAAGAUUUGGAGCAACUUGAAUUACAGGAUGAAAGCUCGCCAAAUCUCAGCUUGGGUAGUAAAUCUUCUGCAGGUACUCCUAAAUCUCCUUCGGAUAGCAAACUGGCCGUGAAGGCUCCUACUUAUAAAAGGGAACCAAAUGGAAAGUGGAGUUUCGAUGAUAAGCAUUUUGGACCUGAAUCAACUUUGCGAACAAGUGAACCUAAAUCUAUUCCCAAUUCUGGCCCUAGCAGUCCACGAGAAAAACACCCCUUCAAGAUGACUGCUUCGGAAAAUAUAUUUUCCACCUAUGCAUCUUAUAAAGGUCUAUUGUCUUAUCAAAAGAAGUCUUUCAGAUCCCCCGAGAAUGGCAAGUUGAGCCCUAAAACAAGUCGCUCAGAGAAGACUUCUCGGGUUGUUCAGUCAUCAGUUUCAAAUUUGUCUAGUAUUCCAAAAAUUAGAAGGCAUGGUUCUCAGCCUACUCCUGGUGGAAGUAUCUUUUAUUGCACUACUGAGGAGAAUCAGUGUAGUGAAACGAAAUAUGAUAAUGCUUUUGAAUCCACAGUGAAAUCAAACAAUGAUACCAAACAGUCUAGUCUAGAUUCUGAUGAAAAAUCAGACAGUACAGGAGUUCUCAGCCCACCAUCUGAAGAGAACAGAGAGUUUCUUAUUGAUGAUGAAAUAGCAGAUCAGCCUGGUUUGACUUUCGGCAAUGAACCCAAAUCAGAAGAUUCAGAUGUGCAAUCGCUGCAGAUGGCAAUGAGUGAGUUGCAUGCUUUGCAAAUGUCUAGUUCUGUUAAAAAGCGAACGGACAGUGUGAGUAGCUAUUCCAGCAGGAAGGGUCGUUUCGGGGAUCAUCGUGACAGUUUGAUUUUGGGAUCAGAACUUGGUUCUUCAUGUUCUAGCAUCGCUUCUGAUGAUUUAAUGCUGGAUUAUGAAAAGUCUUAUGAUGGGUUUCCUGAAGGCACAGUAAAUGAAGGGCCUGCUUCACCUAUGAGAAAACUACAUGAAACAGAAACUGAUAAAGUUACCCCAUUAAAAAAGGAGAAAAAAUUUGAUUUUGAAGAAAAAGCAAGGAAAAGAAUAUCUAAUCAUCGUAAAUUGUCUGGUCCCUUGUCAACUUCCGCUGAUCGCUUAGAAUGGCGCCAACGAACCGUUAGUCUACCUUUACGACCACCUCGUCAAAUGAGUGUGUGUGAGGCAGACGAUGGUGGCCUGAAAUUGGAUUCUUCCUCAUAUCGAUUAUUGUGCCAAGAUUUAAAUGGUGUAAAAACUCUUCUUUUAAGACUGAAGUCUGUGAUUCAAGAGGCUGAAACUAUAAAUCCCUUUGAUCAAUCAAGCCCUAAUAAUAUAUUCUACCAUAGUUUAGUGCAGAAUGAUUUGCCUUCAAGCUUAGCCUCAAGUACUUCAACGGAAAAGAAAACACCAGAUUUGUCUACUAUUUAUCAGGAAAAUGCAGACAUGAAAAGGCAGCUUGUACUUUUACAACAACAGUUAGAAGAUAAAGAUCAUACAAUUAACUUACUUCAACAACAAAUGACAAAAUAUUUAAAUAUUCAAGUAAACAAUUGUAACCAUGGGUUACCAACCUGCAAUGCAGCUACUCAAACUGAUAGGAGUCGCUCAUUAACAGCCUCUUUAUCAUCUAGUUCAUCCGCUGAUGACUCUAUUGAAACUUUAGUUAGCUUCAGGAUUACUAAGUGCACAGGAAGAUUUUGAAAAAUCAUUUAAAAGAAAUUCCAAAGAUCAAGAUGUUUUAACAGAGCACUUAAUAGAAGUUGUUCGCUUAUUAGAUCGUAACUCUGCCAUCUACCCUUCACAGUCAGAAUGUUGAAGAAUUUUCUAAAAUAUUAUAAUAUGCUGAUUAUGAAACUUUUAGUAAUAGUUAAUGUUAAACUAAUUUAAUUGUGAAAGCCCCUUGUAUUUAAAGAUUGCAAAUUUAAAAUUAUAAUUGUUGCUCAGUGAUUCCUUUUUGUAUGGUGAAAAGUGUAUUUUUUUCCCUCUUGUAUAAUUUUUUCCCUCUCUCAUUAAAAUGUAAAUAUUCUGUUUUGUUUAAAAGUUCUCCAUAUACAUCUUUAAUUUACCUAAUCAAGUGAUACAUAAAUUCUCCCUUUAUGUAAUCCUAAUAAUAUAUCAAUAGUGUUUUGGUAUAUUUUAAGGAUAAUAAAAAUCCAAAAACUGACAUUUUGAGGUCUUAACGAUUUUUGGUUUAAAAAAAUAUUUGAAUAUUUCAGUAUGACUUUUGGUUUAAUAAUAUUGUAAAUUAAGCAUUGCUUGUGAUGUAAAUAAGUAUUAAUAUAUUUUUAAGUUUAUUGUCGUGUUGGAGGUAUAGUUUUUAUGUUACAAUAUGUAAUUAAAGUUAAAAUCAGCUUUUAUCUGAGUUUUUUAUUAAUUGACAAAAUCAGAUUAAGGUUGAUAUUUUUUUUAUUAUGUCAAUAUAUUAACUUAGAAAAGAUAUAUCCUAUCCUGUUUAUAAUUUAAAUGAAACAUCAAGAUUUGAGUUUAGUUUAAAAAGUGCUAAUUUCUGUUAAAAGUUUUCUCUUAAAUCGUAUGACAAAAACAUAUGUUUUUAUUUAUCUAUUUUUUCUUUUGUAUAUAUCUAGUUUAGUAAUUUAUAUUUUUCAUUUUAAGAUUACCUAUAGAGAACUAUUAAAAAAAUAACUGCACGAUUACACAAAACCAUCUUGAUGUAUUAAAUCCGUUUAAAAAAAGUGGAAAAAAAAGUUAUUUUAUUUUUUGAUGGGGAUUGUAAAGUUUAAUCCAUGAUUUAUAAUUUAGUAUAUUUUUCAUCUAAUUUUUAUUCUUUCUAUAUUAAAUUAUAAUGGUAUUAUGCUAGUGCCAAACUAAGUAAUUUUUAGUUUACUGUAAAAGAUAUUAAUUAAUUCUGAUGAGAUAUUGACUGAUUUUUAAACUGUUAACUGCAUCUUUUAGGGCUGUUUCAUGUAACAGUUAUUGUUUAAAUUGUUAUAACUUCCUACUUAGUACUGCCAUAACUUAUUUAAUAAAGCUUAAUAUAUUCUAGCAUAAUAAUCUCAUGAAUAGAAUUUAAUAUUCUUUGUGUAGAAUAUUUUUAAUUCAAUAGUAUUUAUUAAUUUAAGUUAAUUUAUUUCAGUGCUUGUUUUUCAUUAGAUUAGU